CCUUUAACUGAAGUGUCAACCGUUGUAGAUGAUUUCAUCAACAGUACAAUAAUAAUGAUGAAAUACCAGUCUUCAUACCUGAAAAUGAUCCACAAAUAUGGGAAGCAAAGCAUACCACCUGUAUCAAAGGAUAUUUUUGCAGACAUAUUCAAAGCUUUCACGAAGAUGUGUUGUCUUCUUCCUGUACCAGGAUCAGCAUGGAGAUCGAUAAUGAAUAUUCAUCAGGUUGAUGUUACAUCAACACCUGAUGUUGUAAUUAUGACAAAGGAUCAUCUGCAUAGUCAGUUUCCAGAAACUUCAUCUGUUGUGUCCAUUGCAGAGCUGAAAAAUUUAGGUGUUUUUACAAAUGAUGAUGAUGACGAAAACAAUGACGAAGAACGAACAACUAGAACUCACAGGAAUACAUCAUCUGAUUCAUCUGAGCUGAAAGAAGCAGACGACAGUGAACAAUCGGUUCAUGAAAAACCAGCUAUUCUUAAAAGAGUUGGGCAAAAAGUUCUUGGACAGCAUGGGGGAGAGCUAUUACUACAUCAGUCUUUAUAUCGACAAACUCUUGACAAAGAGCGAGGCAUGAGGUAUAUUCCUGGGAUGAUUGUUAUUGGAACUGAGGUCACCUUCACUUUACUGGAGUUGCAUGGUAAACAUUUAGCAGAACUGAGAAGCAAAGAUGGGAAUAUAAGACAUAAAAGCUAUAUAUAUUAUUCAAAACCUAGAAAUUUGCUGAAGAAAGAAGAUCGAGAUAUCCUGCUCGAAUCUUUUGUAAGGUUGAAUAAUAAAAAGUAAUUAGGUUUUUGAAAUGUACAUAACAAUAAUGAAAAAUAUAUAUUAAGACAGUUUAUGAAAGGUUUAUAAAUUUUGUUAGCAUAAGCUGUUGGGAAUUUGAUAUUUUUUCUCUGACUCCUUUAUGGUUUGUGGUUGAGGGGGCAUUAAGUUUAACCUUGUCUAUCUGUACAUCUGUCUGUACGUCUGUCUGUAUGUCCCAGAAUAAGUCCCAUAACUUUAGUUUGCCUCAAACAAAUGUAAUUAAACUUAAACACAAUGCUUAUUACCACCAAACACAGAUCAAGUUAUCA